AUGGCUGAAAAGGCCGACACCCACUCGACCAGCUCGCUCGACGCUGAGAAGGGCGUUCCCCUUCACCAGCAGCAGCAGCAGCAGAAGCCGACCCCGACUGCCGACCACAUCGAGCACUAUGCUCAGCACACCCAGGGAUACUCGGCCAACCUCGCCGCCGUCCAGGAGGCUCACGGCUUCAAGCCCGAGGCUGGUCGUCUCGUCGUCGACCCCGCCGAGGCCCGCGUCGAGUACGGCGAGGAGGUCGCUAGCAGGCUCAAGACGAACCGGAAAGGAACCAAGAUCCUGUGGCCUCAGCCCUCGGACGACCCGAACGACCCGCAGAACUGGAGUCCCGUCAAGAAGAACAUCCAGCUCCUCGUCCUCACCAUGGCUUCCUUCGUCCCCGACUUCUGCUCCGGUCUCGGUAUCGCCUCGCUCUUCAACCUCGCCGAAACGUUCAAGACCACGACGGAGGAGAUCAACAACCUGACGUCCAACUGGUCCAUCUUCCUCCUCGGUCCCGGUGGUAUCGCCGCCGUCUUCUUCAUCAAGCGUUUCGGUCGUCUCCCCGUCCUCUUCUGGUCUCAAGUCAUCGGUCUCGGAUUCCUUAUUGGCUGUGCCGUCUCGCCUGACCUCAAGACGUUCGCCGCCAUGCGUUGUUUGACGGCCUUCUUUUCCACCGCUCCUCAAUGCGUUGGACUGUGGACUGUCUGUGACCUCUUCCCCUUCCACCUGCAAGCGCGGAAGCUCAAUCUUUGGACGAUGGGUUUCAUUGUGUCGCCCUUCAUCAGCCCCUUCCUCCUCGGCUACAUGAUCCCCACGACCAACUUCCGCGACGUCUACUGGGUCGGUGUCGCCUACUGCGCCAUCGUCGUCCUCCUCAUCAGCUUCGUCAUGGAGGAGACGAUGUACGACCGCGACGUCGUUCCCUUCCCCGAGCGCCACGCGACCGGCCUCAAGUACCGCAUCGACACCCUCAUCGGCAUCACCGGCUGGAAGAUGCGCAAGUACCGCUGCACCUGGUGGGAGUCGAUCUCGAGCGUCUUUGACAUCGUCUGGCGCCCUCACGUCUUCCUCAUGCUCGUUUUCGUUGGCUUCCUCUUUGGCUGCGGUAUUGGCAUCAACGUCACCCAGGCCGUCUUCAUCGGCUCGCCCCCUCCUCUCGGCUACGGCUACUCUCCCUACGCCACCGCUUCCCUCUACGCCACCCCGAUCGUCGCCGUCAUUCUCGGAGAGCUCGCCGGUCGCUACCUUAACGACGGCAUCGCCGACCGCCUCAUCAAGAAGAACUCGGGUGUCUUCCUCGCCGAGAUGCGUCUCUACACCAUCUACUUCGCUAUGCCCUUCUACAUCGUCGGCUUCUGCCUCCUCGGCGUCGCCUUCCAGAACAAGCUCUCCAUCGCGGCCGUUAUCUUCGGCUGGGGCAUGGCCGAGUUCGGCAUCCUCAUCCUCACCGUCGCGACCUACGCCUACCUGAACAACUGCUUCCCGACACGCCAGGGCGAAGUCUCGGCGCUCAUCAACCUCGCGCGCACGCUCGGAGGCUUCGCCAUCCCCUACUACCAAGUCCCCUGGUCCUUCACUGGCGGCCCCAAGCGUGUAUUCGGAAUGGAGGCAGGCGUCGGCGCUGCUCUCUUCAUCGUCAUCGUCAUCCCGCUCCAGUUCUUCGGCCCAUCCAUCCGCCGCAGGUUCUCCGUCCAGAUGUAG